CAAGAUAUUUGCCAUAAGGGUCCUAACAGUGCACGUUUGAGGAGCAGUGUGCUUUGUGAAACUCAGAAACCGGAAUAUAACCCAGUUCGCUGCCUGCCUGCUCAGUAGGGGUUACUGAGAGGCAGCCAUGCGUCUCCUAGGGUCCUCUGUUAUUUUCUCUCUCCUGCUGCAGACUAUGUCUGCGCCAGUGGAGGACUGGCAGUCGGCCAAGUCAAUCUAUGAGUUCUCAGCCACAGAUAUAGAUGGCAACGAGGUGUCCCUUGAGAAAUACAGGGGCGACGUUGUCAUCAUCACCAACGUUGCCUCUAAAUGAGGUAAGACCCCCGUAAACUACUCUCAGCUUGCAGAGAUGCACGCCAAGUAUGCUGAGAAAGGUUUACGCAUCCUGGGCUUCCCUUCCAACCAGUUUGGAGGACAGGAGCCGGGCAGUAAUGCUCAGAUCAAGGAGUUUGCAAAAUCAUACAACGCCCAGUUUGACAUGUUCAGUAAGAUCAAUGUCAAUGGCGCAAAUGCCCACCCUCUGUGGAAGUGGCUGAAGGAGCAGCCCAAUGGCAAGGGGUUCCUGGGAAAUGGUAUCAAGUGGAACUUCACCAAGUUCCUCAUUGACCGAGAGGGGCACGUUGUGAAGAGAUAUUCACCACUGCAGGAUCCAAGUACGGUGGAGCAGGAUCUGAAGGAUAUGAAAUACCUGUAAUUCUGUCAGUCAUGCCAUCCCUUUGACCCCCUCUGCUACUCGCUCUCCAAUGAUGAGUCGGGGAAUUGAGGCUCUGCCCCAGAUGAGUGACGGUCUGUCCCUCAACCCAUUCCAUGGACAGGUCAGACCUGAUGCAUUUGGCGUGCAAUAUUGCUGGGAGGACCCUCUAUUCCCUGAUGAUGCACUGGGGAGACCAAACACACCAACUAUCACAGGAGGUCUAGGACUGCAUGGAUUAAAAGAAAUGUAUUUUCUGAUUGCAAACUCAGACUAGGACUUGACUCAUUCUAGAGAUGUCUAAAAUAGCCUAAAUGAUUUAUGAUAGUGACAAUAAAGAUAUUUACAAGCUCAA